CCGCCAAGAAACUGCAGAAGAAGAACGCUGCUGACACGCGGAACCUUUGUUCAGCAUCCUGCGUUCUCCACGGACCGUUUUCAGUAACGUCCACGAUGGCUGUGAGGAAAAUGCGCGAGGCAGAGCUCAUAGGAGACACCACGGUCCCUCAGUCUGAGGACAGCCAUGAGUCUGAGGAAGGAAGCGAUGAUGGAGGAGGAAGCAGCAGAGAUGCUGCUGGAUGGAGGGAGGAGGGAAAAGACGAAGAUGGAGGAGGUGGAACCAUGGAUGGAUGGGCCGAUGCCAUGGCAAAGAUCCUGGGGAAAAAAAACUUGACAGGCGGGAGCAACAUCCUGGUGAAGAGCAAAGAGGUGGAGAAGAUGAAGGCAGCCGAGAGACAGGAGCAAGAGAAAAGACAGAAACAGGUCGACAAGCGGCAAAGGUGGGAGAUGAUGUUUAGAGACAAACCAGACGUCAUCAAAGAUCGUGAGACUGAAAAGGCUCUUCAGAGAAUCGCCACCAGGGGUGUGGUUCAGCUGUUCAAUGCCGUGAGGAAACAUCAGAAAACGGUGGACGAGGUGGUGAAAGAUGCUGGUGGAUCUGAGAGGAAGAAGGCCAAGAUUUUGUCUUCUUUCUCCAAGAAAGACUUCAUCUCGGCCCUGAGGAGGGAGGACAGAGCCGGCAAAACCUGGGGUGCCGCUCAGGAUGAAGCUACUCCUGCAGCAGAGAACAAGCCGUCCUGGAGCGUCCUCAGAGACGACUUCAUGAUGGGAGCCUCCAUGAAAGACUGGGACAGAGACAGUGACGGGAACGAGCACAGAGGAGGAAGACUGGAGUCCGAUUCUGACUGACAGAGCCACGUUGCCUUCAGGGACAGUCUGGAAACAGACACGUUUCCAGACUGUCCCUGAAGGACAGUCUGUCUUGAUGCUUCCUGUUUUGAGAUCAAACCAGGGAUGAAACCAUGGAGAUGGGUCAGUUCUGGUGUUCCAGCAGGACUGAGAAUGUUCAGUGGGCAUGUGGUGAAUCUCAGAUUUUUAUUUUCCAUCUUUAUCGGAGCAUCUUCAGCAGGGAUUCUGGUGCAUUUGAGUCAUCCAGACCUGCUUUCAAAACCUGGAUGAUGAUGUUCCUUCCUCCUGUAGAGCUUCCUGUUUCCUGCUUCUGUUUUCCUCUGAGCUCCUUUGACUCGGAUUUUCACUUAAACAGCUUUUUUUCAUCGUCUUUUUUAAAAGUGUCCUCAGUUUCCUCUGUCAGUCAGAAACGUCCACAAGAACCACAGAAGACUUUUUCAGUGAUGAUCCCACGAAGAAGAAACAUGUUUCACGUUUUUGUUGUCUGCUCAGUUUAAAUAAAGUUCAGUUCUCAUCCGA